AUGGCGAAGAAAGCUGCCGAACAGAGAAAUGCAUAUGAUGGUCAUGCUCAGCGCAUGCGGGAAGCAAAGGGUGGAACAUUUCGCAACCUAGUUCCGGCACCUGCUCCUCUGGCAGUGGCAGCUAAACAGAAGAAGAAAAAGGAUCAGACAGAAGAGAAAACAGCAAGGCAGACCACAAAGGAGACACAUAAUGAGCCAGAUGGUGAAAUAAAUAGUACUGACGCUCCUGAAUUGAAUAAUAGUGGAAGUAACCCCCAGCCGGCGACGACAUCCACAUCCGCUGGUGGCCUGUUCGGCGGUGCCAUCGGAGGAACAGCAACAUCGCAGCCACAGACAAGCAAUUUAUUUGCCGGACUAGGGACUACCACUAGCCAGCCUCAGCAGAAAAGCCUAUUCGGUGCGGUUGGGAGCAACACCACUACGGCAACGGCCACUCAACCAGCAUCUGGAGGUUUAUUCUCUGGGAUAGGGACAUCCAAUGCACAACCUCAGCAGCAGGGAGGACUGGGCGGCGGUUCUCUCUUUGGCAGGACGGCCACGUCCGGCAGUCAACCACUGCAGACCACUGCAGCAUCCAGCGGGCCUUCAUUAUUCUCACUUGGUACCUCAACCGCAAAUCAGAAUCAAGCCAAGCCUUCCUUGUUUGGAGGCACUGCACAGGGGACUGGGACGUCCACAAAUACAGGAGGGUUGUUAAACCCUACAGGGCCUUUAAAACAAGAUCAAUCCACGGGGAAUAAUGUCGUAUCGGGUGUUAAAAUCGACGUCUCAAACCUCGUUCCAACCACAAAAUUCGAGAGCUGCAGUGAUGAGUUAAAGAGGGAGAUUGAAGCUAUAGACACCUUUAUUCUCAACCAAGUUCGGAUGUGUAAUGAAGUAUCCGAUCUUCUACCCACAAUAUCCGCUCAAGGCGCCAUGAUCCCCAAUGACGUUGAAUUUGUUCAAGGAAAACUAGAUACUCUUCAAGAAGCUCUCGAAAACGAUGCUAACGGCAUUGAACACGCCCGUAACCUCGCAAAACAGGACGCAACCGAAGCGAAGCUGGCCUUCCGCACACUUGAUACCCUACUCCUACCCCUACAAUACCAGCCCAGUCCCGGUGAACGGUGGUGGCCGGCAGGCCAACAGGGUCAGUCAAUGUCCAAACAUCCACUACGAUCUACAAUGGGACUUCGACACGGUGGCACCCUUGCGCUACCUGAAGGUAUCGAGGCAGAUUCGAAUGGCACAUCACAAAACGAACCUGGAAACUUGGUCGACUACUUCUCACAGCGAACUGAUGACAUGGGCUCUGUACUUGAGGAAUAUCGCAAGAAUCUAAAGGACAUUGAAGACCACUUGUACAACGUCGAGGACUCCCUUCAGAGGAAAAUCCACGGCCUGGUUUCCUCAAGGGGCAGAGAUGGUGGAAACACGGCCAAUGCACAAUCUUCUCGUGUCCGUGAACUCGCUGCAACACUCGGGGAUGUCGAAACGGCCAUCCUAGGCGUGGCCACUAGAGUCGGCAGUGCUAAGGAGGAAGUUCAAGAACUAGCAUUGGGGCCAUUGGGGGUAAAUGGAACAGGAGUAGGCAGUGGAUGGCAAUCAAGGGCGUACUGA